AUGCUUUAUAAGUGUAUCAAUUUCAUAAUCUUCUGUCAAUUUCUAUGUGGCUUCUAUGUCAAGCUUUCAAAAUUUUACAUGACAUUUCUCUCGACGCUCUAUAUAAUUUUAUUUUCAAUUUUUGUUGUCUAUGGCAUUUAUAUAAAACCUUUUUCAAGUUUUUUUUUCUUUUGGUCCAACAUUUACAGUAUGAUUGACUAUAUAAUUUGCUUUUCCGUUACGUUUAUCAACAGAACGGUAUUCGUAUCUAAAUUUCUUAAAAUGAUGUCUGAACUUGAUGGAAAACUAGAGAGAGUCCCUUCAACAUUUUCUAUAAAAAUAAUCUUAUUCUUUUUUGCUGUUUUUAUGGAAAAAAUUUAUUACGCUUGGCAAUAUCAAGAAACCAACGACAAAAGCACAUUUAUGUAUAAACUUUCUAUAAUUGCUUGGAUUAUGUACAAAUACGGUAGCUGCUUCAAUAUAAACUUGAGAAACAUAUUGUUUGAAUUAACAAGACAGCGGAUAAUAGCUCUACGAGAAUCAUUCGAGAGGAACAUGAAGAAUGAUGUGGUUGAUAAAGUUGAAGAAAUAAACAAGACAUUAGCUAUUUACAAAAUGAUUCUAAAUAUGAUUAAUUCCUAUGGACUUAUUGUUAAGUACUAUGUCAUUCGCGACUUUUGUACGACAUUUUUUUAUCUUAUAAUACUGGCUAUUGGUGCUUCAUUCAACAUCCAUAAAAACUUUAGAUGGUAUAGGACUGUCAAUGGGGUGACAAAUAUUCUAAUGGCUUGUUUGCCCUGUAUAAUCUUCCAAGGAGCGAUAAAUGAAGUUGAAAAUAUAAAGACGAUCCUUACCACAGAACUUUUGAAAUGUUCACCACAAGCGGAUGAACGCCACACUCGGCAAAAAAUCAAAGAUGCCGUGAAAUAUUUGGAGAUAAAUCCUCUUAGGUUUACGAUAUUCCGUUUAUUUAAUUUAAACAUGACCCUUCCUUUUCUCUUCAUCAGUCUUUGCUCUACGUAUGUGAUAGUAUCUCUUCAGUUUUAUUGA